AUGGCGUUCCUCAGUUUUGUUUUCAUUUUCGCAUUUAUUCUGGUUUCUACCAUCACUCAAUAUGGUCGGUCCUCUCAACCUGGCGAUUUGCUCCGAUCGGGAAACCGAGAAUUGAUGUAUGGAAACUUUAUGGCUGUUCUUCAAAAACAUCUUUCGACAUCAGUAAUCGCAUCUUUUCUCAUUAACGACAAAUAUCAUUGCCCGUUCAAAUGCAUAGCUAAAAGUGAAUGCUUUUCGUAUAACCUGGCAGCAUAUCCAGAUAAUGGUUGGUACAUUUGUGAACUGCUGGACACGGACAUGUACAGAGCCGGAACGGAACUGAAGGCGAAUGUUUCUUUUCACCAUUUUAGUCGAUUGGUAAGUUGUAGUUCAUCUGCCAUUCAGCGACUUGCAAAUGUUUGUAGUGACUGGAAAUUCUCGUGACAUCUUAAAUUGCUGCACUCUUAAAUGUGAAACCAGCAAAACCUUACAUGCAGCAUUUGAGAAAGAAACACGGGUUAGUCUAUGAACUAGUUAAGCCAACAUUGGACUACGGGCGAAAUUUUGGAGCUUCAGAGGAGAUAGCGUAGUGUAGAUAUCUAUUCAAAGUAGUUGUCAGCGAUUUCAAAACUUCAUCAACAAUUUUGUAGAUCAGGUCUUAAUUUACAUACACACACACAAAAAGAAGAAAAAGAGGAGAAAGAUGCAGUUGUACUUCCCCUGAAAAAAAGUGAAGUUUGUUUAAAGAGGCCCCAUAGAGUUUUUGCUCAGUGUAGGCGCGCGCGCCAGCGUUAUGUUUUUCUACAAAAUUUUUGUUUCACUUUUCAAGGUCAUUAAGAGCCAUCAAAAGGCAACGAGCAAGGUUAGGACUAUCGUUUUUUGUGGCAAAUAUUAUCAAAAUGAUUUUCGUUAUUAAGCUAAGGCUCCACGAAGGGAGGCGCUCGCCAGCAAUAAUUUUGCUUUGCCUUUGAUUUUUUCUUCAAUUACCUUCGGUGAAAUCUAUCAAAAUUUUUGACAAUUUGUGAAAAUUGUUCUGCCGAUCAUUUAAAAGCCGAAAAAAAUAUAGGGGUUACAAACGCAGUUCCCUCACUUUUUGCAAUUUUGUGUUUUCUUCCUCUAUCUCAAAUUUGGUCUUAUGAAUUUUUUCUAUGAACAGGCACUAGGAAGGGCACAAAUAUGUUUAACAGUCCGGCAAAUCCUACUGAGGAAAUUCCACAGAAGAAUACGCGAUAAAUCUUACUCGAACGUAAUGAUAUAGAAUUUUGCCAAGAUCGGUAUCUGAGCAUGCGUAGACUUUCAAAUCUGUUGCCUUUUUUGGCAAUCUUUCCCACGGUGUUUUCUUUUUGGUUGAACUCUUUUUCAGGCGUAGAAGGUCUAUAAAUAAUAUAUAGAUUUAGCCGACCCUAAAAGCGGAGCUCGCAUUUUUUUUCCCGCGCGUCUCAAGGGCACAACGCCUUGCCCUGGUCAAGACUAGAACCCGACUCGGAGCCCAGUGCACUGACCACUGGACUAUUGAACAAAGCCGUGGCGUUGGCGUGCCCGCGGUACAGUUGACCACGCGUGUUAAUAGUAGCACCUUGUACGGUCGUACGGUCGUACAUCCAAAUUUUUUCGGCUUGAUGUGUUACUACUAUUUUGUAUCAUUAUGGGGCUACGCUCUGCGAGCUCCGCUAUUACGCGUGCAGUUGCUGGAAACCUUAGAUUUCAUUACAUAAAAACGAUAUUUUGUUAAACUGUUUUUAACACACCUCCUCAGAUAACAAUCGAGCAUGCGUAGACUUUCGAAUCUGUCGCCUUUUAGCAAUCUUUCCCACGGUGUUUUCUUUUUGGUUGACCUCUUUUUCAGGCGUAGAAGGCCUAUGAAUAUUACGGUUGUAUUUGCUGGAAACCCUAGAUUCCAAUAUAUAAAUACUGUAUUGUGUUAAAUUGUUCUUAACACACCUUCUGCCAUGUUUGUUUUGCAUGCCAUAUUUGUUUUGCAUGUUGACACUUAAAUCUCGUUCCAUGUUCGCAGCCAGAUCGCGCGCGGUCAAAAGAUUAAAAAGAACUGAGGUGACCGACUGAAUUGGAUAUCUCUAACUAGUAGGUGUUAGUCACUUAAAAUCUUCAUUAACUUUUUGCACAAUGCGCGUAUUGUAUAAGUUUAAGUUCCUAAUCUCUGGUAAUCGUGGUGUGAUAUGUCUGAGCAUCAAAAAUAAAUUAAUGUCUUUCUGUACAUGAAAAAAGUAAAGUUGAGUAAGCAUCAGCACUUCGUUAUAAGCUGAUCAUGUGGAAAUCAUCAUAAACCGAAAGAAUAUCAUAUGUAUUUUCAUAAUGUCUUUUUCGACCACUGAUCGCUGUUAUUUGUUAAUUAAGAAAGGUUCGAAUCAUUAUGAGAUGAGGAGAAUUUCACAGAUACAAGAAAAUUAAUGACAUUUCAGUUGAGCUGCAGCUAAAUAAAUUACAGAAAAGAAGGCUGACGUUAGUCUGAACUCGGUAAAUGAACUAUUAUCCUUCUACCAACUUACAAGCCCAUAUUGAGAGGCGAGGUGUUAGUCUUCCGUAAGAAAUCACUAUCAUCCCUUUGCAUGUUAGCUCCACGCAGACUUGUGUUGGACGUAAUCGUCGCGGUUUUGUCGUGAUACUACCAACUGAGAUACGAAGCCUAGUUUUGAGAAAGGGGCGUUAGUCUUAAAUGGUAAAUCACUAUUAUCCCUUCGUAUUUCAGCUCCACUGACUGAUAUGAACCACGGCUUGUGUUAGACGUAAUCGUCGCGGUUUAGUCGCAUAAAUGAGAUACUUACGACUGAGAUACGAAGCCUCAUGUCAAGACAGGGGCGUUUGUCUUAAAUGAUAGAUCACCAUCAUCCCUUCGUAUUUUAGCUCCACUCCCUGAUAUGAACCACGGCUUGUGUUGGACGUAAUCGUCGCGGUUUUGUCGUUUUAAGUGGCCCUACUGAGAAUGAACGAUUUUCUUGUUCUUAGUCUCCCUGCUCAAGUUGGCCAUGUCAGAACAACGGAACUUGUGUACCACUGUAUCAAACAAAUGGCUAUAUUUGUCGCUGUACGAGAUCGUACAAAGGAAACCAUUGUGAAAAAAGUAAGGCGUAACUCUCUCUUCUUAUCAUUUAAGUUGUUAUUUUUCAAAUUUUUAUAUCAUCAGUCAUAA